AACCUUAAGUCAACAUUAAAUCAAACUGCCCAGUUAUAAUCAUGAACUCUGUAUGCAGUAGCUCCAGCCACACUGCAUGAAGACACGCUGGCUGAAAUCCACAAUUUCAGAGCAGAUCAUGCAACUUCUGAAAGAAGUCACUGCACUUUCAAGAAAGUUACUUCUUCCUUUAUGAAGAAUUCGGAUGCCUCAUUCUUGAUUUGCUUAUUGCCAACACAAUGAAGGAAAUGUUCUGCUUCUGCAUGACUUUUUCUUCCUUGUUGGAGCAGAUGGUGAAGGCUUACAAAUACAUGACUGGUAUUUUUUCAGUGACUCAUACCUCAGAGCAACAGGCUUCAGAUUGUGAUAAGCAGCCAACCGAGAUGGAUGUGAGCUUUCUUGAGGAGCAGUAUGACCAUAUAAAACAGAAGCAAAAACUGCAAUCACACGUUAUUGUUUUUAAAACAGGUGAACAUGAAUCUGUUAUCCCAGAAUCAAUGGUCAAUGCUGUUAUAAUUAAUAAAAAAGUUAGAUCAAAGUCAUUUACAGAGCAUGUUCCUGUCAGGAAGGUCAGACUGGAGAUGAACAGCAGUGGCAACGCACAAGACAACUCACUAUGGCAUACCCACCUGGGAAUUCACCGCCUGGUGCAAGCCCCUUGUCAAGGAGCUACCCAGGAUGUCUCCCACUGCAAGAAUGGACCAUGCAGCUUUGACAAAGAGAGGCUGAUUUCACAGGAAAAUGGCACACUGCAACCCAAGGAAUUAGAAGGAGCUAGGGAACUACCUGCGCUCAGCCAAUUGGGAAGUUCAAGCAUGUUGAACAGUUGCAAUAAAGAGGAUAGCACCUGCCCAAAGCCUCCUCUGAAAUCAGCCACUUCAGCAGUUUGGACACAUCAACACACUUCUACAAAAUGCAUGCCAGCCUGCAAUAAACUGAACUUUUAUCCUUUCCCUAAUAAAAAAGGGCCGGAAUUUCUGAAGCAGCGAAGAGGCUUGGAUUAUAUGUCUCAGAAUGAAGACAUUCUGUAAUACAUAAAACUUAGCAAAAAACUUGAGUGAAAAUAGCCUUCGUACUUACUCUGAUUGACCUGCUGAGGGUCUAUUACUUUUACUAGCCAAGGAAGAUUCUUACUACAGCACAGUGUAAAAUGAGAUGUUCUUAUGAAGAUGCUGGGCUGUGAUGACAGAUACUCAGUUCUAUUACUUGAAUCUUGAGAUACAAGAGCAAUUUCAUCUUUUUUUUCUUUUUUUUUUUUUUUUCCCCUCCCUCUUUUCAGGUCACCGAUUUCAGAAACUAAGAUUUUAUCACAGCAAUAUCUGAAAUACUUGAAAGAGCUAUAGCAAAGACUAGUAGAACUACUGAAGCAACCAGGCUAACUUUCAGUAGGGUAAUAUUAUUUCAGAUAAUAAACAAGUAACAAAUGAAACAGUAUUGAAGGUGAUUGGUAUAAUUGAUGUAUGAUUUCAUCAUUCACUUUCCUUAAAAAGAGAUAUUCAAGAUACGUUCUGAUGUGCAUACUUUUAAAAUUAAUAAACCCCCUGCUCAUUUCUAUUGUUUUAAUAGCAAUAAAUAAAUGCUUUAAUAGUAAAUGUCACCUUUUUCUUACAAAAUCUAUAAUAGAUAUUGUUGGUUCCCAUCUAUCCCCAGUAUUUCAUUAGAAAACAAAAGUCUGAAAUACUUACUUAGCUCCCUGGUACCGUGUAUCAACAAACCUUCCUUACCGGAGCAUUAUGCCUCUUUCUGCUGUUACAACUGUAUGUGCAAAAAGGGGGUGUAACCAUUUCAACUACACAAAUAUAACUGUAGGAGUACAACUAUUUUUCACAGAUAGGGUUCAACACUUUCUCCUGUGGCUCAACUGCACCAAAAACCUGCACAAGUUUUUAAGAGUGAGUAGUUACUGCCAGUCUCCCCUCCUGCAAGAUCUUCAGAGGAAGCUGACACUAUUUUUGGGUGUCUGAACCAUUCCGUAUCUACCUGAGCCCUGAAAGGACAGCAAAAUGAAGAUCAAGCAGAUGCCCCACAAAGCUCUUCGUGAUCCCUAGAAACAAGCCUGCAAGCACACAUCUCCAGUUACCACCUUUGUCUCGAAAUCACACUAUCCACACAUAAAAUGUGAGAAAAAAAAAAAACCCAAAAAACCCAAAUGCCAAAGAUGCUCAGCUGUGGUUUAUGUUCUUCUAGACACAAACUCUUCUCAGCAAGAAAGAUAAACCAUGCCCUCAUGAGAUAUCUUGGAAACGAAGUGAUACCAAUGUGCUAAUAAAAGCAUACUGUCAAAGA